AGUCCCGCCGCGAAGAUGCUCAAAGUCACGGUGCCCUCGUGCUCCGCCUCGUCCUGCUCUUCGGUCACCGCCAGUGUGGCCCCGGGGGCCGGGAGCCUCAUCCCGGAUUACUGGAUCGACGGCUCCAACAGGGAUGCUUUGAGCGAUUUCUUCGAGGUGGAGUCGGAGCUGGGACGGGGUGCUACAUCCAUUGUAUACAGAUGCAAACAGAAGGGGACCCAGAAGCCUUAUGCUCUCAAAGUGUUAAAGAAAACAGUGGACAAAAAAAUCGUAAGAACUGAGAUAGGAGUUCUUCUUCGCCUCUCACAUCCAAACAUUAUAAAACUUAAAGAGAUAUUUGAAACCCCUACAGAAAUCAGUCUGGUCCUAGAACUCGUCACAGGGGGAGAGCUGUUUGACAGGAUUGUGGAAAAGGGAUAUUAUAGUGAACGAGAUGCUGCAGAUGCUGUCAAACAAAUCUGGAGGCAGUUGCUAGAGGCCACAGCAUACCUACAUGAAAAUGGGAUUGUCCAUCGUGAUCUCAAACCAGAGAACCUUCUCUAUGCAACUCCAGCCCCAGAUGCACCACUCAAAAUUGCUGAUUUUGGGCUCUCUAAAAUCGUGGAACAUCAAGUGCUCAUGAAGACAGUAUGUGGAACCCCAGGGUACUGCGCACCUGAAAUUCUUAGAGGCUGUGCCUAUGGACCUGAGGUGGACAUGUGGUCUGUAGGAAUAAUCACCUACAUCUUACUUUGUGGAUUUGAACCAUUCUAUGAUGAAAGAGGCGAUCAGUUCAUGUUUAGGAGAAUUCUGAACUGUGAAUAUUACUUUAUCUCCCCCUGGUGGGAUGAAGUAUCUCUAAAUGCCAAGGAUUUGGUCAGAAAAUUAAUUGUGUUGGAUCCUAAGAAAAGGCUGACUACCUUCCAAGCCCUCCAGCACCCGUGGGUCACAGGUAAAGCAGCCAAUUUUGUACACAUGGAUACAGCUCAAAAGAAGCUCCAAGAAUUCAAUGCCCGGCGCAAGCUCAAGGCAGCAGUAAAGGCCGUGGUGGCCUCUUCCCGGUUGGGAAGCGCCAGCAGCAGCCAUGGCAGCAUCCAGGAGAGCCAGAAGGCCAUCCGAGAGCCAUCUCCAACACAAGAUGGCAAUGAAGAUGUCAAAGCUAUUCCGGAAGGAGUGAAAAUGCAAGGAGAUGGGGCCCAAGUGGCAGUUGAGGGGGCAGAGGCUGAGCUGAUGAAGGUGCAGGCCAUAGAGAAAGUUAAAGAUGCGGAAAUAAAUGCUGCUGAGGCCACCAAGAUGGUGCCCGAGGCAUUAGAGGAUGGGAUAAAGGAGGCUGACCCAGAAAUAGAGGAGGGCCUAGUGGAGGAAAAGCUGAAGACUGUUGAGGAAGCAGCAGCCCCCAAAGAAGGGCAAGAAAACCCUGCUUUGGAAUUUGGAGCUCAGCAGAAUGAUGUGAUCCUGCCAGAGUACUAA